CCCUUCUUCCGGAGCCGGUAACUGACUUAGCAAGACUUGGUUAAAGAAUCGAAAAGUUGUAUUGAGGCAUUUGUUUGGGAAGAAGGCACGAUUAAGGUGUACGAAGCUUUCAUUCAAGAUUGGUUAUAACAACUUCGACUAUUUGAUAACGAGGCUUGCACUGUAAGUGGAUAGGAGCGAAUAUCUCACGAAAGGAAAACAUGACUUAUUUGUCACCGGUUGUCCUUCUUACUGUUACUUUAUCCAUCGUGUUCCUCACCCAAACUGUAACUGCUGUUACGUACUGUUCAUCGCAUGAAGCUAAACAGGAUGCACAAGUAGCCAUGAAAAAAUGCAACAGCCAGAUCAAAUUCUGUUUCCUUCGCUACCAGGAUCGUCAUCCACAACAACUGUAUUGUAAAGGAAUGUUGAUAUUGCUGAAGUGUGCGUUCUCCGAGAACAUAGAAUUCAACAAGAAGCACACCACCUGUCGCAGCGAAGUGUUGGAUGAGUGGACGUUUGUUGUUCUUCAAUACGUGUGUAUCGGCGAACAUCUGGGCAUAUGUACCGACUAUACCGAUAAACAAAUGGCUAAGAUGAAGGAACUGACAGAUCGCUAUGAAAGCAGAGCACAAUACAAAGGCAGAGGCGUAUGCAGAAUGGAAGUGCCUGCGCAAGGUAAAGAGACAGAAUGUGCUAAAAUAAUACAUAGCAAAUGUUAUCCGAACUUAGUUCACGACACAGAAGAAGAUCCAGAACGAGACGUGAAAGCUUGUGCAGAUGAGGCGGAGAACCUUUGUGACGGUGUAAAUAACUUUCUGAGCUGUUAUUCAAAGCAGGUGCAACACCCUCCGCAAAUCUGUGCUCACUCGGUUCCGGACAUCACCGUUAAAUUCAACUACCUCAUCCAAACUUUCAGUCACGAUCUAAUGACAAAAUACACAGAGAGUGCCGCGAUGGCGACAGACAUGUGUUGUGUCCACGAAGAACUGUUGGAUGACUACCCCGAAGAAAAUCCUUGUGGUGUCCGAAAUGAUGAUGAUGAUGAUGAUGAUGAUGAUGAUGAUGAUGAUGAUGACUACUGAUGACUGUGAUUGCACCGGGUGGUGUAGGUGGAGUUGGUGACGGAAAAUCAGUUCAAACUCCUGUUAACCCUUUGCGACUAGGAACGGAUCUGUGAUCCUUCUCGCUCUCAUACGCAUUUCUUUGUAAAGUUAAAAUCUCAUUACCUGUUUAGUUAAGGGUGUAAUGAUGAUAAAGGAAAUUUCAUUUAAAUCACUUUCAAGAGUGAACCAGAGAUUAAUCACUCCAGCGUCUCUCGCCAGUUAAAAAGGAAAACUCCAAAGACUCAUAUUUUUCUAUUUGUGUACUCUCUCUCUCACUCUCUCUUUUUUUUUUUUUUCAAAAAAGCCUGCCACGUUGACUCGUAACGACAGCAGUGUACGACACCUUGCUUAAAGGCUGCCAUCAAAUGGUCACGUGAUCUCUCAGUCCCUCUCAACCAUGCGCACGGCGUCUUACGUUCACCUUGGGCUUCGGUGUUUAACUCUCUGUUGAUUUGCUUGUCUUAUAUCUACGGAGAAUGGGCUAAAAACGGUAAGAUAACGGCAGCAGUAAAGGCUAAAAAGAUUGUAGGGAGAAUUUGCAGGAUAGUCGCAGCUGAUGGUUAAAAUACUGUUGCAAAAGCAACGCAAUGGCAGGUUUACUGAGCAGAACAAUCAAUACACAAUUUAUAAUAAUCUUUGUCCUUCUUUUCUUUCCCUGUGAGGACAAAAAUUACUUUCUGGUUAAAGGUCACCUCUCUACCUACCACCCUGUGGCUUUCAGCUUUUCUCUAAAAUUUGAGCGUAAACGAUGCUAGUUUGCUGCAAGUACAGUUAAUUGUUAAAAUAGCAAUCACUUUCAGUUAGUUAAAGCUAUCUGUAACAGUGACAAACACGUAUGUCCAAUAAAACGAUGCUGACAAAUUC